AUGAAAAGACAGUCCCUGUCCCAAAGAGCUUGCAAUCUAAGUCAUUAUUGUUAGUUAUCAAAGAAAUGGGGCUUUCCCUCAGUGUGGCGGAGCAGACACAGCAGGGAAAGGAGGGAUACAGAAAAUAGAUGGAGCUGGCUCUGAUGGAGCUCCCACGUUGAUAAUACCACCUCUCUCUUCUAUAGUGCUUUACCAAGGGAAUCAAUAUAAUUACAUUUAAUAGAUAGGGAAACUGAGGCACAGAGCAGGGAAGUGACCUGCCCAAGGUGACCUAUCAGAGAAAGAGUAGAACCCAGGUUUCCUGCACCUCCCCAACCCUGUCCAGUACUCCACCCCCAAGCCACACCACUUUCCUUAUCAACAGAAUGAUUCUCACAGUUUUGUUACUCCGACCCAUAGAAAUCUGCAUGGUUCCUGGCCACUUGGGAACCAUGUUUAGGGCUUGGAUCCUCCUUGUGCACACAGAUAAAAUGCCCCCCACCGCUCUCCACUGCAAAUUCUGUGUCCGUCUGUUUCAGGAGUCGGACGGUGAGAAGAAGACGAAGAGACAGGUUCGGGCACAAAAAAUCCAGUGUCUCCCAGCUGGAAAUCCCCCCAGCCCACGAGGAAAGGUGUGUCUGAGCGCCACCCAAAAUGCACCACGCAGGAAGACAGGCCUCAGAUCAUGGCCAAACACUGCAGCAUAAGGAAGAACAAUAAAUGGCUCUUUUUUAAAAAUUAAAGUCACCAGGGUUGGGGCUGAGCUGAUCCCGUGGGUCGGAACACAUAGAAUGUGGGGAACAUUCAGAUGGAGUCCAAAGGUUGAGGUCAGGUUUAUCUCCCAGGAGCACUGUCCCGUGCACCUCCUUAGUUCUGGCUCUGCCACGGGAAAGAGUUGGAGAUGAUCUGGUGCAGCAGGGCCAGGGAGAACCACACGGUCUGCCCAGGAGUUGGGAUAGGCAUCUGAGCAGGUGGCUUAGUUGCGGCAGGUCCUGCACAGAUAGAGAUGAGUCAGGGAUGGAUGGUGGCCAGGGGAUGGAGGGGUUGGGUGGGAAAAGGGAACGUGUCAUGCAGUUGCCAGGACUCUGUCUAGAGGUCACGUCUCUCUCACUCGCGCUCUCCUCAUCUCCUAGGCUCACGCUGGAAGAAGCGUCCUCCUGGAAGCGUUCGUUUGAUUGCGUCCUGGCAAGCCCGGCUGGCAGGAGCGUCUUUGUGGAGUUCCUGCGGACAGAGCACAGUGACGAGAACAUGGCCUUCUGGCUGGCCUGCGAGGAGCUCAAGAGGGAGCAGAGCCAGGAGCAAGUCUGCGAGAAAGCCAAGAAGAUCUACCUGGAUUACAUCUCCAUCCUGUCCCCAAAGGAGGUCAGCAUCGAUGCUACCGUGCGCGAGUCAAUCAACAGUUCCCUGGCGAGGCCCAGCGUGCACAUAUUCAACGAGGCCCAAGCACAAGUCUAUGCCCUCAUGCACCGAGACUCCUACCCCAGGUUCCUGAGCUCACCACUGUACAGGUCGCUGGAGCAGAGACUGACUGCCCUGGCUUGUGACACAUAGCAAAGCCCCUUGCACGCACACGCAUUUCACGAUACUGCCAGCUCCUUCGGCUUCCUGCCAGCUCAUCAAGGCACCGGGGUAGACGGGGCAGAGCCUCAGUUCUCUCUUUCUCCGUGGGUGAAGCCACUGGUGUUUUGAUAGCGACAUUGAUCUAGAACUUAUUCUAGUCUGUCUGAACCAAACAAGAUGCUGCUGGGUUUUGGGAGGAUUUCACUAGGGCCUGUAGAGAUGAGAGAGCCUAGGAGUCCUAGAAUUCAGAGCCUUUCAGAGCAUUGCUUGUCCUAGAACUUGGGUGGUAUCUAAGCUGACAUGGUUCUAGAGCACAGGUGCUAUGUGUGGCCUGGACCAUAGUUCUAGAAUGUGGGUGGUCACAAGCUGGAGUGGGAUCCAGAGUGUGACUUGUGUCUGAUCUAGGGGUUCUACUACAUGACUUGUACAUGAGUCUGGGGUUCUAGAACAAAGAUAAUAUCUGGUCUGUGAUGGGUUCUAAAAUAUGGAGCCUUCUAGAACUGUAGGGGCUUUUAGGAUCGUGCAUCUUCUAGAGCUUGAAGCUCUAUGUUUUUGUUUUAGUGACAAGAAAAAUUCUCCACCCAAAAUUAAUUGUAUUUCAGAAUUUCUAACAGUUUUGUAAGCAUUUUUCCCACUUCUCCGAGCCAAGUCAACACGGCUGCUAGUCACUUAGUACUGCAGCAGGUCCCAGCUAGCCAGCACAUUUAAAAUCUGGCCAAGUAGCUCACAGGCCCAGCUCUAGAUGGUCACUAGAGAAGAGACUAACAUUAUUCUAUUUUUCAGUUGGGGCUGCAAACAUAUAUUUUGUCCAAUGAAUGCAAAAAAAAAAAAAAAAUCCAAGGGGCUUAAUUAAAAAACAUUACUGGGCAAUGACUUGGCUGGUACAUACCAGAUGUUACUAGGCACUUGCUAAUCUUUAGGGCCACAUAUGCAAAGCUGGCUACUUGUUUUGGGUGUCUGCCUUUAGCCACCUUGGCCAUGACUUUCAGAGGCAGCGAGCCCUCAUAAUUCUAAUGGGAGUUACAUGCACCCAGAAAAAGCGGCUCAGAGGCAUCUUGCGUUAGGUGCCCCAAAAAGAAGCUGCCCCCUCCAAAAAAAUCCUGCCUGAAAACGUUGGCUAUUUUAACAGCUCCUCUCAUUGGCUCUGCAAGAUCAGCCAAGGUAUCACUUGUGUUUUAUGAUUUGUGGCCAGUCCUAUCUACCUCAUUCUAAGAGACUGCAACUUCUAAAUGCCCAGGCCCUUGUUAGCGGACAGGACAGUGACGGUCUCCGCAAUCUGUGUGUGUAUAUAUAUAUUUAUAAAUAAAUCUAUACAUAAAGAGAGCUGCUUAUGUAUGAAAUGAGUCAGUGAAUCUAUCUUUUUCCCUCAGGAGAGGCAUCCCCAUCAUAGGUGCCAUUAAUAACAAUCUCUCACUUUCAUCCAUAGAGCUCCAAGUGCUUGACAGAAGAAGAGCAGAAUCAUUAGCCUUGCUUUGGGAGAUGGGGGAAACUGAGGCACAGAGCAAUGACUUGCUCAAGAUUGCAGAGCAGAGCCAGGACUAGAACCCAGGUUUCCUAGCGCCUGCUCUGGUGCUCUAGCCAUACGACCAUGCUGCCUCCGUUCCUUGACACCUUUGCUCCAGCAUUCCCCUUUCAAUUAUAUCAGCAUAAUUCCAGUGGCGUCCCCGGAGUCCUGCUGGGCUACGUGAUGUCUCUGCCAGAUGAGAUCUUAACACUAGUAAUACCUAGUUCUCCCCAUCAGUAGAUCUCAAAGCACUUUACAAAAAUAGGUCAGUAGCAUUAUCCCUAUUUUGCCAGUGGGGAAACUGAGGCACAGUGCAAGGACGGGCCUUCCCAAGGUGACCCAGCAGGUCGGUGGCAGCACCAGGAAUAGCGUGCAGGACGCAUUAGCCCCAGUCCAGUGCUCUAUCCCCUAAGUACUGCAGUCUCCUUAGCAGAGAUGAAGGCACAAAUGGCUUGUGGUUUCGGAUGCCUCCAUUUUGGGGGUGCUCAGCUUGAGAACCCUUCAGAAAGCACGCGGCACCCAUCUCU